AUUGAACUGAUUACAACAAGUUAUUAAGAUAUUUCUUCUUAACAAAACUUGAACAAUAAAGUAAAUAAAACGACCAAUGACUAAGGAGAUAGUCUCGGUCAACUGCAGCUUUCAACAAUAUGGAAAAUUUGAAAUAUAUAACUGAAGUGAAUUAAGAGUCAACAAUCAAGUCUUGGCAAUUGUGCAGUAUAUUUGUUGAUUGUCAAAGAAGUCAUAAAAAUGACAUGGUAGCCAAAUACAGAAAUUUUCCUUACAACACCAUGGUAGUCAUUGCUUUGAUUUCCUUUCUCCUAUUACAUCUCACGACAGUCACUAUGGCUCUCAUGCCACGGUACAAUGCCACAGUCCAUUUCUUGCUCAACUGUGGCGCAUCAUCAGACGCCACAGACGAAGAUGACCGUCUAUGGAAUACUGAUGCCAACUAUCCAGAUUACUUACCUCCAAAUUUUCCAAGCAUAUCUACAACAGCCAACGCUUCUGGACAAGUCACUACAGUCUAUUAUAUGAGCGCCCGUAUUUUCCAAUCUCAAUUCACCUACAAUUUCACUGUUUCCCCUGGCACUAAAUUCAUCCGUCUCUAUUUUUAUCCGACCGACUACUCUGGAUUCAACAAAUCUGAAUCUGUUUUCUCAGUCACUGCUAAUCAUUAUGCCCUCUUGAGUAACUUCAGCGCUUUCCUCACUCUCUCUGCUAGUGACGAUGAUGAGUCUAGUAAAGCAAUUCGAAAAGAAUAUGUCAUCAAUGUUGAUGAAAGUCAAAUACUCAAUAUAACUUUUUCUCCUUCACCAAACUCUUAUGCUUUUGUUAAUGGGAUUGAGAUUGUUUCCAUGCCAAAUGAUCUUUAUAUCCGUGGAGACGAAUAUGGCAUCAAAUUGGUACAGGGGCAGAAUAAUUUUUAUUACAUUAAUAACAGCACUGCUCUUGAAACUUUGUACAGACUGAACGUGGGAGGCAAUUCGCUUUCAAGCAAAGAGGAUACAGGGAUGUAUCGUGAAUGGGCUGCAGAUCAGAAUUUUGUUGUUGGACUUGGUUUUAAAACUCCACAUUUAGAUGUCAACAUCACUUACACUUCUGAAACCCCGGCUUAUACUACGCCAACCAUAGUUUACACAUCUUCUAGGACAAUGGCAGAUUACAGCCAGAGCCUGGAUUGGAAAUUCUCAGUAGAUUCUGGGUUCUACUAUCUGUUCAGGCUCCAUUUUUGUGAGAUUCAGCUGGAAGUUAAGGAAGUGAAUUAUCGGGUUUUUGAUAUAUCCAUUGGAAACCAAACGGCAGAGAAAUUGGCUGAUGUAAUACAAUGGAGCGACGGCUGGAGAAUCCCGGUUUACAGAGACUACGUGGUGUAUGUGAGAGACACAGAUGGCCGGCGAAGCAAGGAAGAUGUGUUGCUUGAAUUGCGCCCUAACAUGGAAACAAAAGCUGCCUAUGCUAAUGCUAUCUUAAAUGGCUUAGAAAUUUUCAAAUUGAAUGACACAAUUGGAAAUCUGGCCGUGCCAAAUCCUGAAUUGCACUUACAAGUUCCGAUCAAUUCACCACCAAUCAACAAAAAGAAAAAAUCAUCGCAUAUCAUCGUUGCUAUCAUCGCAGGUGUGAUUGGCGGAAUUUCUGUUUUCUCAGUUCUGGGUCUAUUUAUUUUCCGGCGAUGGAAUGGGGGAAAAGAGUCUGGUACAAGUGUUCCCAAUUCAUCAAAGUGCACGCAAAAGACCGGCGGCUCUGGCUUAUCAUCCGAUCUGUGCCGACACUUUUUAUUAAAAGAGAUAAAAAAUGCAACAGACAAUUUUGAUGACAAUUUUGUGAUAGGUCAUGGAGGCUUUGGUAAUGUUUAUAAAGGAUACCUUGAUAAUGGUACCACCAUAGUUGCAGUGAAGAGAUUGAAUCCUUCAUCAAGGCAAGGGGUUCGCGAGUUCGAAGCAGAGAUUGAGAUGCUAUCAUCGAAGCUAAGGCAUCGACAUCUGGUGUCCUUAAUUGGUUAUUGUGAUGAUAACAAUGAGAUGAUAUUGGUUUAUGAUUACAUGGCUCAUGUAACCCUCCGUGAUCACUUGUACAAUACAGAUAAUGUUCCUCUUCCAUGGAAGAAACGCCUUGACAUUUGCAUUGGUGCAGCAAAAGGAUUGUAUUACCUCCAUUCGGGUACCAAACACACGAUCAUCCACCGAGAUGUCAAGUCAACUAACAUCCUAUUGGACGAUAAAUGGUUGGCCAAGGUGUCAGAUUUUGGAUUGUCCAAAGUAGGUCCACUUGGUGGGACAGAUAUUACUCAUGUUAGCACGGCUGUGAAAGGAAGUUUUGGGUACGUAGAUCCUGAAUACUAUAAGCGACAGCAAUUGACAGAAAAAUCAGAUGUGUAUUCUUUUGGGGUGGUUCUGUUUGAAGUGUUGUGCGCUAGGCCAGCAAUAAUUCCUAACUUGCCAAAAGGCCAAGUGAAUUUGGCAGAGUGGGCUUGUAGGUGUUGUAGAAAAAGGAAUCUUGAACAGAUCAUUGAUCCUAACUUGAAAGGUCAAAUUGCCCCUGAAUGUUUAAGCAAGUUUGCAGAAUUGGCAUACCGUUGCUUGAGGGAUCAAGGGGUCCAAAGGCCAUCAAUGGGUGAUGUUGUAAGGACUCUAGAAUUUAUAUUACAACUUCAAGAGGCUGCAGAUAAUAAAGGUCAUGAGUUGGAAGGGUACAUAUACCCGCCCAGCCCGUCUUUUUGCGUGAUUACUAAUGGUGAUGCCAAUAUGUCGACCGAUGAAGAUGAGGUUUUGUCAGGUUCCGGUGAAGUUGAAAGAAAGUUGGCAAGCAGUGGUACAUCCGUGUCAAAAAGAAUGAAGAACGUCGCCAUUUUCUCUGAGAUCGUGAAUCCCUUGGGCCGAUGAGAUUGUUACGGUCGGUAUGCUAAAGUUUCAUGUAUGAGUUUUUUUUCCAGGUUUUGGUGAUCAAGUUGAAGGUCCUAUUCGAAAAGUAAUGGUUCUAUCCGCAAGUUUGAUAAGA